AUGAAAUAUUAUCUCUUUAAUCGCAUUAUUGAAUUCUUUUUCAUAUUGCUAGUAUUAUGGAAAGUUUCAUGCUCAGAAGAAAGUUUACCCUUUUGUGGAGUUGCAGAGUCUUUUAGUAGGCUGAUUUUUGUAAGCACUCUCGAUGGAAGAGUCACUGCUUUAAAUCCUAAUAAUGAGGGAUCUGUAUUGUGGUCAAUUCAUCCUGGCUCUGAAACCAUGCUCUCUUCGAGUAUACAUAAGAUGAUUCCAUCCCUUGAUGGUGGAUUGUAUAAAUUUAAUGGAGAAGAUAUAGAACUCAUUCCUGUCACUUCUGAUCAUUUGCUACAAUCUUCACUCAAAUAUUCAGAUGAUUUAGUUAUAUCAGGUGGAAAAGAAACAGUUACUUUUGGAGUAUCCCUUGAAACUGGCAACAUUAUUUAUGAAUGCAAUAUGAAAGGUUGUGGUAAUAUAUCUCAUUCUACAGACAGUAGUAAUGUGUUAAUUAUUCAAAGACAAAUACAAAUUAUUAGAGCUGUCGAACCUAGAACAGGUACUGAGAGAUGGAAUUAUAGUGUUGCACAUCACAAUUUAAAAUUGGUAUCUGAAUGUCAUUCAUUGUCGGAUGCAGAAUUAAAUUACCAGCUGCACGCUGUUAUACCAGAAGGUUUAAUUUAUGCCAGUGACAUAAAAAAUCCUUCAAAUAUUUUUUGGAGGCAAAAGUUCAGCUCUCCGGUGGUGAGUGCUUGGCAACUUAAUAAAGGGAAAUUAAUUCAAGUUGAUCUAUUUAAUAAUAAGGCCUUUAAUGCCAAACCAAGUCCAUCUCCAAGUAUUUAUAUUGGCAUGUUUAACAAACAGUUGUAUAUUCAAGAAAGUGCGCCAAUGCUUAAAAAAAGGCUAGAAAUUACUUCUAGAAGUAAUUAUGCAGUAUCAGGUCAAAAUAAAUAUCCUGUAAUACCAUGGAAACCUAUAUCAGCCAGUGACCAUUACAGAUUAGGAUUAACAUGGGAGGAUUCAAGUUCGAUAAACAACGAUUUGGAAGAUCCAAGUCAAAGGCAAACUACUGCAUUAUCUGUCCUUUAUGCAUCUCCUUAUGUUGACGGAAAUGGUUUUUUUCUUUAUGAAGAAGACAACACUAAGAUUAAAAUUAAUUCCCAUAGUUUUUCUAUAGAAAGUUCAGAGAAAUUAUAUCCAGUGAAUAAAGUAAAUGUUAUUCCUAAAUUAGAUUCAAAUUUUGAUUUUUUGGAAGCAAAUACUCCAGUAGAAAUAGUUGUUGUAUCAUUUUGGUAUUAUUGGAAAGAAGUUUUAGUGAUUAGUGCUACGACAGCAGUAAUUUGUAAUUUUAUGAUUACUAGAACAUACUGGAGGUGGAAAUAUAAAGCUUUAUUUUCAUCCUUGGGAAAAAGUAAUAGUGAAUUAGAAACGAUUGUCGAAGAAAAAGAUUCCGGGAUAGAAACAAAUGUGCAUCAAGUAGAAGAAAAGGCUGGUCUUAAUUCAAUUCAAGAUUAUGUAUCUCGAUAUUUGACUGAUUUUGAACCAGUUGUUUGUCUUGGAAAGGGUGGUUUUGGUGUAGUAUUUGAAGCAAAAAACAAAAUUGAUGAUUGCCAUUAUGCUAUAAAAAGAAUUUUAUUGCCUCGUAAGCAAGAAUCCAGAGAAAGAGUAUUAAGGGAAGUAAAAGCAUUAGCAAAGUUAGAUCACCAUCACAUAGUCAGAUAUUUUAACGCUUGGACAGAGUGUCCUCCUAUAGGAUGGCAAGAAAAACAAGAUAAAUUAUGGAUUGAUUUUUUAGGUACACCAUCUAAAUUAACUAUUCCUACAAUUACAGAAAGUAACGAUUGUCAGGAUUCAGAUUGUCCUGUAACAAUUUCUGACUCAAAUUUUACCUUUGACUCUGAUUUGCGAGAAUCAUCAAACAGCUUAUUUAACAAUACUUGGAAAAAUAAUAACGAGAUCAGCGACUCAUUUGUUGUUUUUGAGAAAAACUCUUCGGAAAAAGACAGCGAAUCUUCAAAUUUAUUUUUUAAAGGAAAUCAAAGUGUGAAUACUUGCAGCAGUAAAAAAUUCAGUAACUUUGAAGCUUUAAAAUCGAUAAGUGAGGAAAAGGGUACAGCCUGUGAUCAAAGUACUGGUGUUGAACCGCCAAUACUAAGUAAAAUUUAUUUGUACAUACAAAUGCAGUUAUGCCAAAGACAUAGUUUAAGAGAUUGGCUUACAGCCAAUAAAAAAAGAGAUUAUAAUUAUGUGUUAAGUAUUUUUGAGCAAAUAUUGCAAGCUGUCGAACAUGUUCAUCUACACGGUCUUAUACAUAGAGACCUAAAGGUAGGAGAUUUCGGUUUGGUAACAGCCAUGACUGAAGAUGAUUUUCAGUGUGCUUCGGAAGAAAAAAUAUUUACAGACACCUUUAAUGAAAAGCACACAGCUCAAGUUGGAACUCAAUUAUACAUGAGUAAAGAACAGUUGUUGGGUAAACCUUACAACUAUAAAGUAGAUAUUUAUUCCUUAGGAUUAAUCUUAUUCGAAUUAUUAGUACCAUUUAAUACUCAAAUGGAGAGAAUAACAGUUAUGCAAAAUAUAAAGAAAGAUAAAUUUCCACAAGACUUUCAAAAGAAAUAUAAAGAGGAGUAUGAAUUACUAAGAUUGAUGCUUUCCGAUUCACCCGAUGAGCGCCCAACUACAUAUGGUGUUCGAGCUAGACUACCUUUGAAACAAGAGCCAGUUGAAGAAAAUUUGCAUUUUGAAUUGCCUUCAAAGAAUUUUACUCAAAAAAAUAAUUCUACACUUGACUAUGCAGAUUCUGAAAGUUGA